UUCUCAAUUGUUAAUUAACAAAUAAAACGACCAAUGUGACUUCUCCCUAAUGCUUCUCUUCUCUUGAAGAUGCUUGAUAAAUGACUUAAAUGAAAGAAGUCAUGUUUUCAAACACAGGAAAAAUACUCUAUGGCAUUUUCCAUGGCAACUCGGACGCAUAAGCUUGCUCAACCCAAAGCCAACCGACUCAGUUAUCCAGACCGUCGUUCUGUUUACUGGCUGGAUGAGCUGCCACCUGAGAGGAGUGGACCCCACACCAAGAUACUCUUUCUUUCCUCCCUCAGACUUUCUCCCAUAUGGGAGGUGAGUGAAUGGGCUCUCAGGGCUGUUCCAUCCAAGCGGCUGUGUAGCCUGGCUCAGCCUAGGGCCCCUGCAGCUGGCUGGGAGCCGGAGCGUCCUCUGCUGGUUCCUUUGAACAGAGCGACGCAGAUGGCGGUCGCCACUGCUCGGGUUUCCCAGCUCGCCCAGCCAAAGCAACGGCAGGUUCAGGAGAACUCAGGCCACAAAUCAAAACCUGUGUCCAUGACCCACCUGCCCGGCAGAGCGUCGGCACACACAGAGCUGCUUUCCACCCCUAAGCACGAACACCGCGGGUUCGAAGGGGGGCGUUCGGUGUGCUGGCCCGUCUCCAGAGCGGCGAGGAGCUUCGUAGCCGGCGAGAGACUUCUGGAGCUGUCCGUUCCCAAAGCGAGGAAGGCUUUAUUCGAGGGAUAUGACCCAUACGUCGUUAGUCGGGCGGCACGCUCUGCCAGCCCCUCGGCACGCAUCCAGGAACUCUCGUUGCCUCUGCCUCGCAAAUGUAGCUCAAAGGAAGUAAUGGUUAGAUGAUGACAUAAAACAAACAGCUAUGCAGCAGAGACUCAUCUGAUCCGGUUCACACCCUGAAUCCACAUCCUCCAUUUCUGUUAUUGUAAUGAAGCAGACGGCCAACGAGUCAGCUCCACAGUGAUAUGUUGAAAUAUGAAUGAGACGUAAAGGAAAAGUAAACAAGGGGGAAAAGAAAAUAAACCAGGAUGUGACAUUUUGUGUGUGUGUGUAUCUGUGUGCAGUGCUCAGAGUGGAAGUUAAGGCCAGGAAAUCAUCCGGCUCCGGUUGGGUUUGGACAAGUUUAGGUCAAACUCAGCUAAAAUGUUUAUUUAUUUGUAUUCUACCAAUCUGCAUGAUGACGUGUGGAUGAACUUGUCUUUCUCUUUUUUCCAUUCUGAAUUUGUCACUGGGUGUCCUGAAAAGAAAAAUGAGUGAAUCAGAGUACUUGUGAGGACAAUCCAAAA